UAAUUCUCCACUAUGAAUGGUGCUGUUCGGAUCUCUGUUUUAUUUUGUCUCUGUCUUGUGACGGUCUUUGGACAGGAACAGUUUCAUGGCUUUUUUAAAUUCAUUGGUUAUCAAAACAGUCCAGAAACGUCCUUUGUAAACGAUCAAAGUUUCAAUAAAUCUAUGAGGGAAUGUUCAUCAAAGUGUUUAAAAGAAGACAACUGCUAUUUUUUCGACAUAUGUAAGAAUAGUAGCUUGACAUCAUGUUACUUCUAUGACAACAAUGUUUCCAGCUCUGCCAGUGUUGAAAGUGGUGCUUGCAGACGUUAUGAAUUGAAACAAACGUGCGACGUUGGCUUCACAUCUCCCUGCCGAUGCCCAACCAAUAUGGGAGAUGAACGCUGCAACCACAAAUAUGAUUGUAGCGGACGUUUAGUUGACCGAAAUACGUCUUCAUAUAGUUUUUAUAAAACGUUCCCAAACAGCGUAAAAAAGGAGAUGUGGUGCGAAAUGGAAAUAGACAACGGGGGUUGGAUAGUCUUUCAGCGUCGAGUAGAUGGGACUACAGAUUUUUACAGAGGCUGGACUGAAUACGAGAACGGGUUUGGAGAUCUGGCCAACAAUUUCUAUAUGGGAAAUUACUACCUUCACGAAAUUGUAAAAUCUGGAGAUUACGAACUUAGAGUUGACUUGGAGGAUCAGGCUGGAGAAUGGGCGUAUGCCGCCUACACGAACUUCAUGAUUGGAGGACCCUCUACAUCCUAUCUGUUAGAAGUAUCGGGGUUCUACGGAAACGCAAGUGACAGUCUCGGCUAUCACAACGGAAUGAAGUUCACUACUUACGACAGAGACAACGAUGAACAAUCGGGGGCAAAUUGUGCUUUUAACUUCAAGGGCGCCUGGUGGCACAAAAGCUGUCAUUUUAGUAACUUGAAUGGUCUAUAUGGAAUUGAUAGUGCUGGUGGUAUCAUUUGGUUUCACUGGCGUGACUAUGAUCAUUCUCUAGUUAGAGCUCAGAUGAUGGUGAGAAGGAAAAUUAAACACGAAUACUGAUAUCGGUUCCAGUGUAUCCUAAGAGAGAAGUAUGGUAGAUACGC